CGCUCCGCCGAGCUCGUCUGCUACAAAACCACUCGCAUUCGAUCGAGUCGUGUUUCGAGAGCGCCAACUCAGUCCAUACUCGGUUACCUCGCUUCGGCAUCGAGAUGAUCGUCUUCCCCAUGGCUCCGAUCUUUACACCGAUGGACAGAGGUGCCUUCCCCGACUGCGGUUCCAUGAUGAGUCGGAUGUUUGAUGGCAACGACUUCGACAGGGCUUUCUUCGACGGCAUCGUACCUGUUAGACUUUUUGGAUGUCCGGAAGAUCUCCGCAGCUCUUAUAAAGUGUCCAGUUCGAAGUGUCCGGCCUCCGAAGUGUCCCUAACUCCGGACAACUUCGCGCUGAGGCUGGACGUCCGGGGCUUCGUUCCAGAGGAGAUCAGCGUCAAGACCAUCGGAAACUCCGUCGAGGUACACGCCAGGCACGAAGAAAAAGACCCCGAGGGACGCGGCUUCGUGAUGCGUGAGUUUCGACGCAGAUACACGCUUCCCGAUGACGUCGAUCCGGCAUCCGUGACGUCACAGCUCACAGGACGUGGCCUGUUGGCAGUCGAGGCCCCGAGGAAGAAGGCGGAGACGACACCACUGUCUGACACAGUCCCCAUCCCUGUGGAGCACAUGUCUUCCAACGACGUCCCUUCAACGUCGUAGGAAUCAAGUUAACAAGAUACGAACUUUUUAUUUUAAUUUAACGCCUGUGAUAUUUUUUUUACUUCACCUUUAUAGCUAUUUAAGAAGUCUAAUAAACUAUAUUUUUUUUUUAUCAUAACUAUAUCUGCGUCUGCCGUUUUUAUCAGUUACAAGCACGACUCCAGCCAACAUUUAUCCACAUUCCAAAGCAGAUUUGUUUUUUUUUAAGUGCUCAAGUUUGUUGUUAUGGGCUGGGUGUUUCAAUACUGCAUUCUUUAGCAGGGUUCCUAGUGUAGCAAAACG